AUGUCGGACGUCGAAAGCGAAAGUUUUUCCUCGUCGCUGCUGGAUGGAUUCAGUGAGGACAGCUCGGACGACGUGGUGUCAGACGAUGAUCCGUGUCUGUGCGGCCUCUGCAGUCCGGAGCAACCAGACGAAUACUUGUGCUGCACCUCAGUGAGCCAGAUUGCAGCUCUGUGUGACAGUGCUGGCGUGCAGUGCAUCACCGAGCACCGUCUGCUCCACGACUUCCGUCUCCGGAGGGAACUGCUGGCGGUGAAUGCACGCCAGUACUGCCGCUACGACUAUCGGCUGCAGCUGUUGGAUCCGAAAGACAACAGGUGUCUGAGGUUCACAGCCUAUUCUAUAUUUGCCAGUUGGGUCUGGGGCUACCUCGGACCUAGAAAAUAG